UGAGAAAAUGUGCUGUAUGUGGGAUGCUGCUGUGGCUCUGCCCUCUGAACAAUACAGUGCAACGCUGUGUAACAACAAUAUGGAUCAUAUCAGCCGCGGUUACUCUGUUUUAUAGCACAUUUUUUUGACUUGACGCGGAAAAAUGUGGAUACCUACUGAACAUGAAAAAUAUGGCGUUGUGCUGGCAAAUUUUCGAGGAACGGUUCAGCAUGGACUUCCCCUGGAGAUCGGUGACACCGUGCAGAUUUUGGAGAAAUGUGAAGGAUGGUUUAGAGGUUUCAUCACGAAGAAUCCGAAUGUAAAGGGAAUAUUUCCAAGCUCCUACAUUCACUUGAAGAAUGCCCACGUCAAGAAUAAAGGGCAGUUCGAGACCGUCAUCCCCACGGAAGACUCGGUCAUUACAGAGAUAACUAUGACCUUGAGAGACUGGGGCACUAUGUGGAAGCAGCUGUAUAUGAGAAAUGAUGGCGACCUCUUUCAUAGACUGUGGCAUGUGAUGAAUGAGAUAUUGGAGUUGCGACAGCAAGUUCUAGUGGGUCACCUCACUCAUGACCGGUUGAGCGAUAUAAAACAGCACAUCACAGCACGGCUGGACUGGGGCAAUGAGCAGCUGGGUUUGGACCUGGUCCCCAGACGGGAGUUCAGUAUGGUGGAGCCCGAUGAGAUCAGCAUCACGGAGCUGUAUCGGCUGAUGGAGAGGCGCCAUCGUCGACGCGACAUUCCGCCACAGGCCAGUAUGCACCACCUGUUUCUGCAGGUGAAGAGCAUGAUGACCUCAAACCUGGGGGAGGAGCUGGAGGUCUUCUUUUUUGUCUAUGACAGCAGAGAAAUCCAACCAAUCAGUGAAAGGUUCUUUGUGCGCCUCAAUAAGCAGGGUCUACCCAAGUCCCCAGACAAGACAGACAGGCAGUGUACACUCUUUGUUGAUUUGGGAAGUAGCGAUCUUCGCAAAGAUGUGUAUGUUGUAGCUCAUAUUUUUAGAAUAGGACGAAUGGUCGCAGGCGAGAAGAAAAGCGUGAGUAACACGCAAUACAAACGUCCAUACGGUUGUGCUGUGAUCAGCGUGGCCGACCUGUUGACAGCCGACUUCAAGGACGACCACUUGCUCAAGGUCUACUCGUGUAACACAGAGAGCGAGUGGUACCAAAUCCACGACAGCAUCAUCAGGAAGGUCAGCUCGCGAUACAGCCAUAUUGGCUCCAAUACAGGCCUUAAUGUUUCUCUCCAGCUCCUGCAUGGAGAUAUGGAGCAGAUUCGUAAGGAUUAUAUGCGUCUGUUCACGAGGAACGUCUCUAUAACCAAAAGACUUGGUUUCUCCGAUAUCAUCAUCCCAGGUGAAAUAAGGAAUGACCUCUAUGUGACCCUUGAGCGAGGGGAGUUUGAGAAAGGUGGGAAAAGUGUGGCACGUAAUGUGGAGGUCACCGUCUAUCUGCUAGGAGGUGAUGGACAGAUUCUUAAGGUUUGCUGUGGUUCUGGAGAGCCAGGUGAAGAUGAGCACCGGUCUUUUGUCUUGUAUCACAGUAACAGCCCUCGCUGGGCCGAACAGGUCAAACUUUCCAUUCCUCUGGAGAUGUUUCGCGGCACACAUUUGCGCUUUGAGCUCAGGCACUGCUCUACAAAAGAGAAAGGGGAGAAGAAGCUGUUUGGCUUCUCCUUCGUCCCUCUGAUGCAAGAGGAUGGGAGACCACUACCUGAUGGGACACAUGAGCUCAUUGUCCACAAGUGUGAAGAGACUGCAGAUCUUCAAGAUCCUACUCGGUACCUCAGACUACCUUUUUCCAAAGCCAGUAUCCAGCCAGGCAACAACCAGACAAUAAAAAACAGCAAAGAGUCUUUCUGGAUCCACUCUUCUCUCUGCUCUACUAAACUCACACAAAAUGGUGACAUGUUGGAUUUGCUAAAAUGGAGAGUCCAUCCAGACCGAAUAAUUGACUGUCUUGCCAAAAUGAAGGAUAUUGAUGGCACAGAGAUUGUUAAGUUUUUGCAGGACGCCCUAGACACUCUGUUUGGCAUUUUAGAUGAAAGUCCCCAGCGGUAUGGCCUAAAAGUGUUCGACUGUCUGGUGCAUGUUAUAAAUUUGCUGCAGGACAGCAAAUUCCAGCUCUUUAAACCUGUCAUGGACAACUAUAUUGAGAACCACUUCGCUGGUGCCCUCUCAUACAGGGAUCUGAUUCGUGUGUUAAAGUGGUAUGUGGAUCGUAUCAUUGAUGCCGAACACCAGGAACAGAUCCAGCAGGUUUUGAAGGCGUCCGAGUAUUUAUUUAAGUUUAUCGUACAGUCACGGCGUCUGUACGCGGCGGCCACUGGAAGCCAGAACGAAGAAGAAUUUCGCUGCUCCGUUCACGAGCUCUUCAAAUCCAUCCAUCUGUUCCUGUCUCAUGAGAGUAAGGGCAUUAGCCCCAUCACACACACACAGGCCGUGUUCCUGAGAUCGUUCCCGACUGUGUGCUGCGAGCUGCUAAAGAUCUUCGGCAUAAGAGAGGUGGCCAAUCUGGCCCGUGACACGCUGAGCAGCCUGCCUACCCUCACGCACACAGACUGCCCCCUACAGGCCGUUAAACUGCAGUGCAUGGCCAAGACUGUCGAGAGUCCACUUUACAUAAACCCAGAGUCGAGAUGUGUGCUGUUACCGGUCGUGUUGCGACUGCUACACACACACCUGCAGGAACAGAAAGAACUGGUGCUGUGUGCCAACAUCCUCACCAGCAUGCUGACGCUCAACAUACCCACCACGGAUUGUGGAGCAUCUGAUGAGGUGAAUGUGGUCAUGGAGGGUCUUUCUGGAGUUUUACUCAGAACAAUACUGGAAGUGACCAAUCGGCCUCAGCCUGCUGCCACCUCCCUGCGCCUACAGUACCAGGAUGUCACAGGUGAAUUUGUCGCGUGUUUGCUUACCCUGUUAAGACAGCUGAAAGAUAAAGAAUAUCAACAGCUACUUAGCAGAUUUCCCACUAAAGAUGAACUGACGAGUUUCCUUCUGCAGUUAUUCACCGUCUUCAGAAUACUAAUCCGAGCAGAUAUGUUCCCGAAAGACUGGACUGUCAUGAGACUCGUUGCUAAUAACGUGAUCAUCACCACUAUCCUGUAUCUCUCCGAUACACUCCGCAACAACUUCCUUAAUGAGAAAUUUGACUUCAAGGUAUGGGAGUCCUAUUUUUAUCUCUGUAUAAUAUUCAUCAACCAGCCUUGUCUCCAGCUUGAGAUGUUUCCGCCAUCCAAGAGAAAAAAAGUCCUGGAGAAGUACGGUGACAUGAGAGUAAUGAUCGGCUGUGAAAUUUUCAGCAUGUGGCAGCAUUUGGGUGACUAUAAGUUAAAUCUUAUUCCCACCCUGAUUGGUCCAUUUAUGGAGGUGACUCUGGUACCACAGAUGGACCUGAGGAACGUUCUCAUUCCCAUUUUCCACGAUAUGAUGGACAGUGAACAGCAGCGGAGCGGCAACUUCAAACAGGUGGAGGCCAAACUGAUAGACAAACUGGAAGGUCUGAUGUCCGAGGGCAAAGGAGAUGAGACAUACAGAGAGCUUUUUAACAACAUAAUUCCAUUGUUUGGUCCAUAUCCUAGUCUCCUGAAAAAGAUCGAGCGGGAGACCUGGAGAGAGAGCGGCGUCUCCCACAUCGCCACCGUCACGCGUCUUAUGGAAAGAUUACUGGAUUACAGGGACUGCAUGAAGAUCGGAGAGGUCGAUGGGAAAACGAUGGGAUGUACAGUCAAUCUUCUGAACUUCUACAAAACCGAGUUGAAUAAGGAAGAAAUGUACAUCCGUUAUAUUCACAAGCUCUAUGAGCUUCACCUGAAGGCACAAAAUUACACAGAAGCGUCAUACACCCUGCUGUUGUAUGAUGAGCUUUUGGAGUGGACUGAAAGACCCCUCAGAGAGUUCCUCACGUAUCCCAUGCAAAGUGAAUGGCAGAGGAAGGAAUGCCUUCAUCUUACCAUCAUACACAACUUUGACAGAGGGAAAUGCUGGGAAAACUGCAUCAUACUGUGUCGCGAGCUGGCCAAUCAGUACGAGGCUUAUUACGACUACAGAAAUCUCAGCAAAAUGAGGAUGAUGGAAGCCUCUUUUUACGACAAAAUAAUGAACCAGCAGCGUCUGGAGCCCGAGUUCUUCAGAGUCGGGUUUUAUGGCAAGAAGUUUCCAUUCUUUUUAAGGAAUAAAGAGUUUGUUUGUCGAGGGAACGAUUACGAACGUCUGGAGGCGUUUCAGCAGAGGAUGCUCAGCGAGUUUCCUCACGCCAUCGCCAUGCAGCAUGCCAACCUGCCCGACCAGACCAUCCACCAGGCUGAUGCCCAGUAUCUCCAGAUCUAUGCCGUCAGUCCUGUCCCUGAAAACCAGGAUGUCCUGCAGAGAGAUGGAGUGCCCAACAACAUCAAGAGCUUUUACAAAGUCAACCAUAUCUGGAGGUUUCGCUAUGACAGGCCUUUUCACAAGGGCACCAAAGAUAAGGAGAAUGAGUUUAAGAGCCUGUGGGUUGAAAGGACAACAUUGACCCUCGCUCAGAGUCUUCCUGGCAUCUCUCGCUGGUUUGAGGUUGAGAAAAGGGAACUGGUGGAGAUGAGUCCCUUGGAAAACGCCAGCGAGGUGAUCGAAAAUAAGACGCUGCAGUUGAGAACGCUGAUCGCCCAGUGUCAAAUGAGACAGAUGCUGAACAUCAACCCCCUGACCAUGUGCCUGAAUGGAGUCAUAGACGCAGCCGUCAACGGAGGACUGGCUCGAUAUCAGGAGGCAUUCUUUGCAAAAGAUUACAUCUCAAAUCAUCCAGAAGACGGAGACAAAAUUACUCGUCUUAGGGAACUGAUGUUCGAACAGGCCCAUAUACUGGAAUUUGGAUUGGCGGUGCAUGAGAAGUUUGUUCCACAAGAUAUGAGGCCGUUACAUAAAAAGCUUGUGGACCAAUUUCACGUAAUGCGCUCCAGCCUGGGAAUUCAACCGCAAGAGUUUCCCGCUUACGUGCGAGUUAGUCCACUGCAUUUUGCCAAUGGCAGUCCUCGCACCUGUAGGACCCCUGUACCGAAUGCCAUCAGCCCAGAGGGAGCCCGAAUUGUGCCGAGACGCAGUCCUCUCAGCUAUCCAGCUGUCAACAGAUACUCCUCAUCCUCACUGUCAUCACAGGCCUCAAAUGAAGUGAGCAACAUCACCGGCCAAUCAGAAAGCUCGGAUGAGGUCUUCAACAUGCAGCCCAGUCCGUCUACCUCAAGUCUAAGCUCAAAUCAUUCUGGUUCACACAAUGUGAACAGCUCAGCGCCCUCGAGCAACAGAGCUUCUCCACUGCCAUCUGACAAGCACAAGCACUCCAGAGAUAACGCCUGUCUCUCCCCACGGGACAGACUCUGUAGUGGCAUCUUCCCGAGCCCACUGGAUCCCACACAGAGAAUGAUUCCGUUCCAAAUACCAAUGGAUACACCAUUACCACGCUGUGAACCUAAUCUCCCCACACCUGAGACAGGAUCUCUGUGCAAGAAUGUAAGAUCUUUGUCUCCCAUGCCAUCGGCCAGGUCCCCACAGAAGUCAAUGGUCCCACCCCUAACACCCUCCCCCACCGAUGGCUUGCCGAUGGGUAGCCUGGUAUCUCACUCACCCGCACGUUCUGGCAGCUACAGCAGUGGCAUCUCAUCCCUCAGCCGCUGCAGCGUCUCGGACACCUGCGGGAUCGACCUCCCGCCCCCAGAGCCUCCCCUCCCCCCUGCCGUGCCCGCAGAUGUGCCCAUUCGCCGCGGAAGCAAGACACCCCCACCCUACAGCGUCUACGAACGGAACAAUCCCCGUCGAGCGACUCCGCUCCCCCACAGCUUGUCUGUGCCGCCCAGUACCGAUAACCCUAACCUGACCGCCAAACCCCAGCUGAGCCGCACGCAGCGGAUCAAUUCGGAACCCCGCCCCCGACCCGUCCCGAGGAAGGUUUCUCAGCUGUAGUGUAUCAUCGGUAACAGACUGCCUGCAGAACGGGAACGAACGUUGGGAUUACGUCAAUUUACUGUAAAACUACCGUAGACCAGGCUAAUGUGUUUAUGGAAGCAAAACUGUUUUUUAUUUCCAUUCUAAAAUCAAGGCAGGACAAACCUAUUUGUGAAUGUUUUGCUAUAUUUGUUUAUUGAUAUGAGAUCAUCUUAAUUUGGUUUGGUGACUAUUUUGUAGAUGGCCCAUUUAAAGCAAAAACACAAACGCAAAGUUACACCUAGAAACGUUGAUACCGGAAAAGCCAUGAAGAGAUUACGUACGCUUCGAGAUGGCAUUUACUUUACAACAAAAUCUGAAGAUCUGGCAGGUCCAUAUCCCAUUUAGUACGCUCUGAAAUCUAUUGCUAGCAAGGUAUUUUUGAUAGAAGUGCAAAAUCUGUGACUGUACAGCCUUUCUUUUCACACUAUGCUUACACGAACGAAAGUGUGCAGCUAGACCUGCAACUCAUUUUAACCGCUUUGUACUUUCUGGAAUGGCUAAAAGGUGCUACAUACUUCUUAGUGUUUUUUUUCUAAUGUAGCCUUGUAUCUACCGAAACUGCCUGACCGUUAAAUGUGCCAUGUGAUGAAAUUGUGUGGUCUCAGAGUAUUGUGCCAAAGAUGCAAACAGUAUUAACUUCUUUGUCAGUGAGAAUAGUUAGAAGAGCUUAACUGAAGUUAGCGCGACCGCUAGUGCUCAACAAUGUUCUUCUUAAACCGUGUGCAGAGGCGUAGAUCUACACUGCAUGGGGCAUGAGCAGUACAAAGCAAUAUAACCGUUGUAGUUUGCAGAGAGUGAUAUAAAUCGAAAUCAUCUAGUUCUGAGAUAAGUGUACCUCAGAACCUUAUCUCAUAUUAGAUUGGUCUACAGUACUAUAUUUAAUAUUGGGUAAAUUGUCACAAAUGUUUUUUUUCUCUUCAAAUCUGACUUUUUUGCAUCAAGGUCAGACUUAAAUUCCAGAUUUAUUGGAUUUGGACAACGUUAAAGAACUGCUGUAUAGAUUUUUCAUUUUUAGUUUUAUAUUGUUUUGCAUAUAUAUCCAUAUAUAUAUUCUUCCCUUAACACAGAACUGAGUGAUGAUUCAUUACCCCUUUUUAUGUUAUACCCCUCUUUUUAUAUGUAAUUGAUCCCCUGGAAACAUGAUUUUUUGCUAACAUAGCCUAUGUGAGCAGACUGAUUUCCAAGAAAAUACCGCAAAAUUAGCACAUUUUAAGGAAUAUUUUCAAUUGAUAGUGACAAACAGCUUUUUCACUGCCAAAUUGAAAGCCCAUGAAUACUGAACGAGUAUUUGAUAUACAUUAAUAGCUGAAAUGCAACUUCAUCAAAUGCAGCACAGAGCACUAGUAUAUGUCUUUGUAAUUUAAUGCCAGUUUACAUUCUUGAUUGUGGAUCAUGUAAAGACAAUUGAAAUGGUCUAUAUGUGAUCAAAUAUUUUUCAAGACACAUUGAUUUAAUUUUGUAGAUAAGUACAAAUUUAUGCUAAUUAAAAAUGCAAAGUGCUGAAGCGGGAAACAUCAAAAUAAUGUUGGAAUGAUCAUGAAGUACAUACAUACAGAUGAGCACUGUAAACUAUUUUUUCGGAUCCAAUUUUAUGAAUGGCUUUGCAGUACUGUUCCCAUCUGCUCCCAUGUUAUCGGACUUGCUCGUUUUAAGCAGUCAUGUUUUGUAAUUACAAUAGAUUCAACAGGCCGUAGGACUUCAACUCUGGUCACGCUUGCAUUUCGCUCUUUUUCUCUCCUAUCACUCUCGUUUUUAUGGAUUAUGCUCUUUCUGUUCAAUUUUUUGAACUUGUAAAGUUGUACUUUAUAUCAUAUGAUGGGAUGAAAGUAUUCCAUAUAGCCUGUGUUACAGAUUUUGUACAAAGGGUGUUUAUAUGAAAAUGUAACCAGUUCAUAGCUUUGAAUGUUGCAACUAAAGUUUUUAUUUGUAAAUGUUGAAUAUUAACCAUCAAACAAAUAAAGGUUCAUUGAUGUAAA